AUGGCCAACGACGCCCCCACCAUCGUGCUUGCAAGCAACGACCAAGUCAUUGUCACCGCGAGCCUCCCUGCUGCAAACCAGAGCAUCCUCAUCCACAAUCUGCUUCUAAAUUUCGGAGACAUGGGUUUCGAAGCGGCGAUUCCCAUUCCGAACGUCAAGGGCGAUGUACUUGCCAAGGUCAUGCAGUGGUGCGAACACUUUCGCAACGAGGCGCAGCCCGACCAAGAUGAUUUCAAGCAGAAGGUCAAGACUCCGGAGGAGAUCCCAGAAUGGGUUCAAGAUUACUUCAAGGUCGAGUCAGAUAUACUCUUCGCUGUCAUAACCGCCGCCAAUUACCUCGACAUCCCCCUGCUUCUCGCAUAUGGUUGCAGAAUAGUUGCCAACAUGAUCAAGAGCAAAUCCACCCAAGAGAUUCGCAAUCAGUUCGGCAUUGUCAACGACUUCAUCCCUGAGGGAGAGGAGAAGUUGCGAACGGAGAAUGCGUGGGCACAGGAUCCGAAGUAG